AUAUAAUCCCAACUGUUGAUCGGCCUUUAUUUCUCUCCGGUACUCUUUUCUUCUACCUCGAGAAGAUCGAGCGUUGAUUUCAACGAUGGCCUCGGUCGUCUCCGUAGCCGCCUCCGCCACCUCCGCCGCCGCCUCCACCGCCUCGGCGAGCCCUAAUCUUCGCCUCUCCCUCCUCCGUCACGCAUCUGCAACUCCGUCCCUUGUCCGUUUCCCUUCAAAUGGUCCGGCCCACGGUUCCCUCCGCGUCGGGCUUCCACCUCUGCGAAGAGCACCGGCUUCUCUUCGUCCACGCGCCGUCAUCGCUCCUCCGCCUUCCUCGUCCCUCCUCUCUGACUCUACCCGGACUCUUUCCUCUCUCUUCGCCUUUGCCUUCUCCGUCUCCGAAGUCAUCCUCUCCUUCAUCCGCCGCCUCGCCCAGCGGGCCGCUGCUCAGGCUGUUCCCUCCCUGGAGGAGCAAGCACAACUUCGAUCUCUCCAGGGGAACCUGGCCUGGGCUGUGGGCCCCCUCUUCUUCGCUGCUCGUCGAGUGGCGCGGCCGUCGGGAUACCUCAACACCCCGCUCACGGUGGUGGCCGCAGGGAUGGCGAAGUGGCUUGACAUCUACAGCGGGGUGUUGAUGGUUAGGGUGCUGCUGAGUUGGUUCCCCAACAUUCCUUGGGAUCGCCAGCCCCUUUCUGCAAUUAGGGAUCUAUGCGAUCCUUACCUCAAUCUCUUCAGGAACAUCAUCCCUCCAGUCUUUGAUACCCUCGAUGUCAGCCCCCUUCUGGCUUUUGCUGUCUUGGGAACUCUUGGAUCGAUACUCAACAGCAGCCGGAUGAUGAAGUACUAAAAAGAUAUUUGCAACAGCAAAUUUCUCAGAAGCUGCCGUUUGUCUAGUUCAUCGAUAGUAGUACUUCUGUCAGUCCACAUUGGUCAGUGUCUGAAGUCGAUAAAUAAAUCGACGUUAUGUGAUCCUGAUAACUCAUAACACGCGCGCGCACACGAGUUAAGUCGAGUUGAAGAGUGAUUGAUGUGAAGUGUUACUUGGUUUUGUUUUGAUCUAUUUGUUUGUGCGUCACAUACUGACUGGACUUUUUAGACUAUGAAGGAAAGCAAAUAUAUAGUAGAAAUAUUUUACC